AUUGUUUAUUCAAAUGGUCAAACUGGCAGUCUUAUGGUUUUGGACAACGCAGUGUACACGUACGUCGUCGUAACAGUCUGCUUAAAGGCUGGUCUGCAGUACAAUUCUUGGACGGUCUUCUCCCACCUUGCAGUUUGGGGCAGCAUUUCCCUCUGGUUCCUCUUCCUUGCGGCCUAUGCACAUGUCUAUCCAAUCUUUCCGAUUGCCCCCGACAUGGUGGGAAUGGUGAGCUCUUGA